GCGCUCUCCACGCGUCGCUUCGACUCUGCGCUCGACCGAAGAGCCGACGGUGAGGGUGGAGCAGCGAUGCAGCUUCCGGAGCAGGACAAACUUGCCUUCAAGCAAUGGCUGCUACCAAAGCUAGCGAAUCGAACCGAAGCAGAGCCCGAGGUGCUGGCGGACUACGUCGCAGAGCUGUUUGCGGGAGAAGGCUCACCGGCAGAGAUCAAGCGCGCCAGUAUUGAGCAGCUCUCCGACUUCCUCGAAGAUCACACCGAAGCGUUCGUCGACGAGAUCGCUACGGCGAUUGAGCACAGGAUAUGGACCAAGCCGGUAGAAGGGAAACAGAAAGAUAGGAAGAAGCUGGCGGCGAAACGCAAGGCAAAGGGAGCCCUGCAACCAGCGCAGCCGACAGCGACGCCUCCAACCGGUCCCAAAGCCGACGCCGCGAGGUCCAGCUCCUCCGCGCGCCCUGCGCCGUCUACACUCGCACCAGAUGCGCCGGUAUUCGUGCCUCGAGCUCAGCCUAUACCCACGGCGCCGCUGAGCAACGACGACUUUAUCCCGACAGGACCACGCGCCGACCGCAAUUCAACAAACAUGCAGGAUGGUCGUCAAGCUCCCGGGAGGAAGCGCAAACUCCAGGAUCGCAUUACUCGCGACGACAACGACGCAGACAUCUCUGCGGGUGAACGGCCACACAAGCAGCUGGCGCGAAGAGGUGGAGGACAGGUCGGGAGAAACGGACAGCGUGCAGAUGCUACGGUAGUAACAGCAGCAAGGGCUGGGCCUCUGCCGAACGUUACACGGUUCACGCCUAACAUGUUUCCGAAUGGACAACCGCCUGUGUUACCUCAGUUUUCACCCCAUGAUCCUCUCAACCCGUUCAGUUUCCUGGCCAAUCUCUCUGCGAUGAUGAGCAUGGGUUAUUCAGGCCAAAGACUGGGCUCACAACAUCCCAAUGUCCCCCUUAUCAAUCCUGCGGUUGCCAAAAUUAAAUGCCAGGACUAUGAGACGAAAGGAAUCUGUCAUCUAGGAACACUAUGCCCUUAUGAUCAUGUUCAGGGAGUAGUUGUUCCUGCGGAUCCAGAAUACGAUCCGAACAACGCAUUGCUGGCAAUCCCCCCUCAUCUGAAUAGUCGUAGAAUAAACGAUAGCAACCGCAACCACUACCAGCGUGCUCGCGCUUCAUUUUCGCACUCCGGACCCUUACGCGGCCCGGACGAUACACUGGCAGUUGAACAGAUUCCCGAGGACCGCCUCACCGAACAACAUGUGCGCGACUUCUUCUCACAAUUUGGUGCAAUCGUCGAUGUGCAAGUACGCACCAAGGAACGCGCUGCUAUUGUCAAGUUUAGCGAUCACCCUGCUGCUCAGCGCGCCUAUGACAGCCCGAAAGCGAUAUUCGAUAAUAGAUUUGUCAAAGUAUUCUGGUAUCAGCCUGGUCCCAGCAACGGCUUCCACGGCGUUGUUGGGAAGACACCUCGUCAAGAAGGCAUUCCCGCAAUAUAUUACGAGGACGAGGAAAUGGUUGACAUAGAAGAAUUCAGCAAGCAGCAAGCACAGGUUCAGAAGGAGUUCGAGGAGAAGCGUCGAAGGUCCGAGGAGGUGACAGCUCGAUCAAACCUGAUCAGCGCGCAGCUCAAGGCCAAAGAGGAGGAAUUGACUGGACUGCGUUCAACGCUGAUAGAGAAGGCAAGGGCUAAAGGUCUUGAGGCUAUUGUUGCGAAGGAAAAACAAGCACUCUCUGAAGAUCUCGCGAAGCUAGCAGCCGAAGCUGCGGGAUUGUUUGCUACCGCUGGGUCAACCGACACAAUGACUAUCUCUCGUGGUGGCUUCCUGAACGGGCGCAGUUUCUCGUUCCGCGGUGGCCUUCGAGGCCGUGGUAGCACUCGGGGAGGACGUGGUGGUGUUGUUCGACUUGACAACCGGCCUCGUUCUCUUGCCAUUGCUGGAGUCAAGGCUGGGUCCGAAAAAGAGACGGUCUUGAAGCGGCAUCUGCUAAACUCCAAGGGCUGCACGGGCGUCCGUCAUCACGCGGAGCGUGCUCAUACCCUUGUGGCAAGCUUUGAGCAACGCUUCCAAGCGGAGAUUUUCCUCGACGAAGCGUCCAGCAUCGACCAUGUCAGUAUCGCCGACCUAUCGUGGGUUCCCAACGAAGCCACGGUCGUGCAGCAGUCGAUUGUGAUCGAUGACCCUUUGGUGCAUCAAGACGCAGACGACGAAGUCUCUGGUGGCGAGGUGGACGUGAAGGUGGAAGUCGAUUUGGACGUAGCUGAUGAUAACGAUCAGUGGCUGUGAAAGGCGGAAGGUGUAAGUGAAGGAAAUGACGAUCUGCAUGGCAUGGUGUACGCAUAUUCGGCGCAACGGUAUGGGCAUGAGCAUUUGGUAUACCCCGGCAUCAUGGAGCGGUU